GUCACGUGUCACGUGUAUGCGGAAGUACAGAACCGUUGCUUUCUGUCUGUUUGCUAAGCAGAUGGUUCGGAUGUUAGCACAGAUUGACUUGCUAACGUUACAUAUUUUCUGUAACCGUUAACAAGUAAACAACACCCACUCAUGAUGACCCAGAAGCACUGCCUGGAGGGCCAGGUGUACUCCGUGCCUCUCAUCCAGUCAGACCUGAGGAGAGAGGAGGCUGUCCAUCAGAUAGCAGAUGCAUUACUCUACUUGGAGACCAUCUCUACGGAUAUUUUCAGAAGGGUGUCUGACAGUGUAGAGAACAACCGCCGCCAUCUGCAGAGUGUUACUGACCGGAUCAGACUCGCUCAGGCCCGUGUCAACAAGAUCAAAGGCAGUAAGAAGGCCACCAAGGUUUUCUCCAGUGCUAAGUACCCGGCUCCAGAUCGACUUCAGGAUUACUCAUCUAUUUUUAUUGAGGCUACAGACCCCUCCUCACAAAAUCGCCCCCGACAAAGGAUACAGAAUAAACUUCGACCCUUUGAUGAGAAGGCCUUGCAGGAGAAAUUGAUGUAUUUCCCAGUGUGUGUGAGCAAGAAGAAGAAGUCUGAGGAUGAGACAGAGGAGGGGCUUGGCAGUCUGCCACGCAACAUCUCAUCUGUCAGCUCACUGUUGCUCUUUAAUACUACAGAGAACCUAUAUAAGAAGUAUGUGUUCCUUGAUCCUCUGGCGGGAGCAGUGACAAAAACUCACAGAACACUAGAGACAGAAAAAGAAGAGAAGCCUUUUGAUGCACCGUUGUCCAUCACGAAGAGGGAACAACUGGAUAGACAGACGGCAGAGUCUUAUUUCUAUGUGCCAGACCUGGGUCAGGUGCCCGAGAUAGAUGUGCCAUCCUACCUGCCUGACCUUCCAGGCAUCGCAGAUGACCUCUCCUACAGCGCCGACCUCGGACCCGGCUUUGCCCCAUCAGGACCCACACACAACAUCCCUGAUCUGCCCUCUUUCGCUGAGGAGGGCGAUGCACAUGGAUUUCAGCUCCAAUCUAGUGUUCCACCUCCUCCACCACCUCCCCCUCCUCCUGAGCCUGUCCUCGCUCCUGCCUUUCCUGCAGGAGCUCCCCCUCCUCCUCCUCCUCCUCCCCCUCCUCCUGUUGACAGCCCCAGAGAAGUCUCUCGAGCGCCAGGUUCAGGUCCUGUGUCUGGUGCUUCCACCGAUGUGUUUGUGCCGUCAGACGGCCGUGCCAAUCUCCUGGAGUCCAUCCGCAACGCCGGAGGCAUCGGCAAGGCCAAGUUACGCGACGUCAAAGAUCGCAAGAUGGAGAAGAAGAAACAGAAAGAGCAAGAGCAAGCAGUGGGAGCAGCAUCUAGUGGUGGAGACUUCAUGUCUGAUCUCUUCAACAAACUCUCCAUGCGAAGGAAAGGCAUAUCUGGUAAGGGUCCAGCCGGUGGGGAUACAGGGGAAACUCCCAGUGGUACCAGCGGUGCAUUUGCCAGGAUGUCGGAUGUCAUCCCACCACUUCCUGCUCCGCAUGCGACAACAGACGAUGAUGACUGGGAAGCAUAACAUGCUGGACAAUGAACACUUAAAGGGCCAGUGUGUAGGAUUUGGCGGCUCCUAGUGGUGAGGUUGCAGAUCUAUCUGAAAAUCCUCUGGUGUACCAAACGUAUAUGAGAACUACGUUGGCCGACAAAACUGUGAAUGGCCUCAUCUAGAGCCAGUGUUUGGUUUGUCCAUUCUGGGCUACUGUAGAAAGUACAUGACAGUGCAAAAGAGUGACGAGGAUGUAGAUGUAAACGGCUCAUUAUAAAAAGGUAAUGAAAACAAUGUUCUUAUUUUUAGGGUGAUUACACAACAAUGAAAACAUACUCAAACUAAUAUUAUUAAUAAUAAUAAUAAUAAUAAUACACACUGGUCCUUUAAAAGCACUGAUAAUGAAAUAAUUCAAUAGUUUUGCAUUAUAUUGUGUACACAGUACACAAUAUUAGUAACAAUAUCUUAAAAUUGUUCUCUUUCUAACAAAAACUUUCAGUGUAAAAUGACCAAUAAUUGGCAUCAUAAUAAGUGCAUUGGUUUGUUUAACCAGUUUAACAAAACUCCAAUAAUAAAACAGUUUAUUGAUAAUCAUAAUAAAACAAUUUCAUUAAAUCAAACAAGCAUUAUUCGAACAUUCAUGAAAAUAAUGGAAUCAUUUUACUAACAUAUUUUAAAGUCAGUUUUGCAUUACAUAACACUUAACAUUAAAUGCUUUAAAUAUUUAACAUAUUCUUCAAGGAUAAAGUCACAUGGAUUCCUAAGUCGAUACUUUGUCUGUUAUCUGCUUAGAAGCUACUACAGUUAUUCAUCUCUACAUACUGAAUUUAAAGUCAAUCUGAUAACUGCCCCUGUGGCCUUUGUCUGCAGUGUGACAUCAUGUUCUUCACUUCUCAACCAGAGAUGUUAGCAAGCAGAACACAGGAAGUAGAAAAGAUAUGAAAGCUGAAACGUAAAAUACACCAACUAUGGUGUACUGAAAACAAACAAACUGCCCCACUGGUUGACCCAUGAACUUCAGCCAGGAGCACUUCGGUCUGACAGCUUCAAAAUGUUCAAGAAUGUAAACGCAAAUAAAAGGGGCUGAGGCCAUCUUGUGAUAAUUA